CCGUUUUCAACGCUUGAAGAAGUUUGCGUUUCGAUUUCACAGCUUCGAUUUCGAUACGCGAACAAGAAUAUCGCAACCACUUGAAGUUGGGUGCGCUGUCUUUUUCUCCGCCCGGCGCCCAUCUCCGCCUUUCCAGCCCAAACCUCACACCACUUGAAGAGCGGGCUUGUUUAUUCUCCAGAUCACGUUCACAGUUUCUGAGCUCGUCUCUCUCGCUGCUCUCUUUCACUUACUCGAUCGCCACACCCUGCUCUGGUCGACCAUUGGAGCCAUCUUAGUCUUUGCGUGUGCGUCUUGAUCGCUGCAGCAGAGGGUGCUUAUCUUUUAUUGAGGGGACAUCGAGUUCGUCACAAGAUGGUGCUAGAGGCGACGGUCAUCUGUUUGGAUAAUUCUGAAUGGAUGAGGAAUGGGGAUUAUUCGCCGUCAAGAUUCCAAGCUCAAGCUGAUGCAGUGAACCUUAUCUGUGGAGCGAAGACUCAGUCAAAUCCCGAAAAUACUGUUGGAUUACUCACGAUGGCAGGGAAGGGGGUCCGGGUGGUUGUGACGCCAACCCCCGACCUCGGGAAGAUUCUGUCCUCUAUGCACGGGUUAGAGAUUGAAGGCGUGACAAAUGUCCCCUCCGGAGUCCAGAUUGCACAGCUUGCACUAAAGCACCGCCAGAACAAGAACCAGCGCCAGCGGAUUGUGCUCUUUGCUGGCAGCCCUGUCGAUGCUGACAAGGAAUCGCUUGUGAGGAUCGGCAAGAAGCUGAAGAAGAACAACGUGGCUGUGGACAUUGUCAACUUUGGCGAGGAAGACCCCAGCAAGUUGGAGAAGCUGGAAGCAUUCCUCGGGGCCGUGAACAGCAACGACAACAGCCACCUGGUCACAGUCCCCCCCGGCGUUAACGUCCUCUCCGACGUCCUGAUCAGCUCGCCCGUGUUCACCGGAGACGGCGAGGGCGGCAGCGGUUUCGCGGCUGCCGCGGCGGCUGGGGCGGCCGCCGCCGCUGCCGGAGUGGGUGGGGGAGACGGGUUUAACUACGGGGUUGACCCUAACCUGGAUCCGGAGCUGGCGCUCGCGCUGCGGGUGUCGAUGGAGGAGGAGCGGGCGAGGCAGGAGAGAGCGGCCAAGGAGGCGGCGGAGAAGGGGGAGGGGGCGGCGGAGCAGGGAGAGUCUUCGGUUGCAGCGGCCGGCAAGGACGAAGCGAUGACGGAAGCUGGGAAGGACGCCGCGGCCCCGAAAGGUGACGCGCCCCCGCCGCUCGUCCCGGCGGACGACGAAGACGAGCAAAUGGACGAGGAGCAGAUGCUGCUGCAGCAGGCGCUGGCGCUGUCGAUGGCGGACGCGGGGGGAAGCAGCGACACCGCGAUGGCGGACGCCGGAGAAAGCAUGGACGCCGAACUGGCUGCGGCCUUGCAAAUGUCGGUUGCACAAGAGGCGGGCAGUCAACAGCCUGGCGCGGAAGCUUUAGCGGAUGCAGAUUUCAUAAACUCGGUGCUGGCCGGUCUGCCCGGCGUGGACCCAAAUGACGCCGCAGUUCGUGAGGUUCUGGCGGGUUUAGGAGGUGCCCAAGAAGGGGCUAAGAAAGACGAGAAGGAUAAAGAGAAGAAGGAUGGCAACGGCAAGGACAAGCAUUGAGGUCCAGAAAAUGUACGAGCAUUGGUACUCAAACGAUUGCUUGAACAUCAGCUGCGAGCAUGGCCUUCCUCUAUUGCUGCUACAUUGUCUCAACGAAGUUCAGCAACGGAAACAUACUUAAUGCUACUAAUCACGGUCUUUGAGACGCCCACUUCUUAAAAGAGUUGCCAGAACAACAUGAAGUGCAUCUUCUGACAAUGGAAGCUCCUAAAUCUUGUCAACCAUUGGUCAUGGAUGGUUGCAAGCAAUUGACCC